UAAAUGUAUUGAAGAAAUAAAAUUUGACCUGCCAACGUUGCUUUGAUUACCAUCUACCCAAAAGCAACACCCAACUCGUUUCCGCGUCCUCCGUCACGUUUCUUUUGCAUAUCUUAACAUAACCCGCAUGUGAUAGGUUUAUAGUUUGUAGAUUUUCAUCAGCAUUUGACAUAUUUUUGGUCGUUUAGGAAAAAUUAAUAAUGCCUAAGAAAAAAACUGGUCAAAGGAAGAAGGCGGAGAAGCAGAAACUACGUCAAAAAGAAAUAAGGGCAGCUAAAGAAAAUAUUGAUUUAGCUGAACAUCCCUGCAAUAUUUCAAUGGAAUGUGAAAAAUGCCAUCGUAAACAGAGGAGUAGGGCUUUUUGUUAUUUCUGUCAAAGUAUACAAAGACUGCCAGUUUGUGCUCAGUGUGGAAAGAUGAAGUGUAUGUUGAAAACGGGAGAUUGCGUGAUAAGACACGCCGGAGUUUAUACAACUGGAAUGGGCAUGGUCGGUGCCAUUUGCGAUUUCUGCGAGGCUUGGGUAUGCCAUGGAAGAAAAUGCCUCCAGUCUCACGCUUGCACUUGUCCUUUACAAGAUGCAGUUUGCAUAGAAUGUGAACGAGGAGUAUGGGAUCACGGUGGAAGGCUUUUCAAGUGUUCGUUUUGCACAAAUUUUCUGUGCGAAGACGAUCAGUUUGAACAUCAAGCAUCUUGUCAAGUACUGGAGGCUGAGAGUUACAAAUGUCAGUCGUGUAAUAAACUAGGACAAUAUUCAUGCUUGAGAUGCAAAACUUGCUACUGUGAGGAUCACGUUCGCAGGAAAGGGUUCAAGUAUGAGAAAAAUAAACCUAUUCCAUGUCCUAAAUGUAGCUUUGAAACAUCACAAACGAAGGAUCUUAGCAUGUCAACUCGUAGUCACAAGUUUGGAAGACAAGGAUUGAAUUAUGAAGAUGAGGAUGAUGAUGGGAAUGAGGCGGCAGGUGGAUACAGUUAUGGAGACAGUGGAUACAGUUAUGGUGGUGGUGAUUAUGAUGAAGAGGAUGAAGAUUAUGAUGAAGAUGAUGAUGAAGAUGAAGAAGAUAGUAGUGAUGAGAGUUCAGAUGAAAAUAUCAAUGAUAAUAAAAAAUAAAAGUGGGAUAUUUUUGUUUAUUACACUCACAUUCAAAUGUAAUAAGGUGCCUAAUAAAUUGUUAUUAAUUUGAAA